AUGAAGCCUGUUCAGCAACAGCAACACCGAGGCAGCUUUGUGGCACUGAAGCACGAGGACAGCUGGGUCUGUCCGAAUGAUCGAGAGUUGACUCUGAGGGCCAGACUGGAAACGGGAUGGUCGGUGAAAAGCAACCAGUUUCAGACGCUCAACUGGAAGCAAGAGAAGGUCAGCGAACAGGAGAAGAAGAUGAUCAUUGAGGUGCUCUCACGGGCGCAGAAGUCCAAUGAAAUGGAGGAGCGACGCAUUAGCAAAAUGGCCGAACGUCUGUCAAACAUGAAGCGAAGUGCCCGUGGCAACGGUGAGGGCACCUGCAUCCUCUGCAAUGAGUCCUUUGGUCUCUUUGGCCUCAAGUCUCAUCUCUGCAGGGGCUGCAAGAAGCUGGUGUGCAGCAAGUGCGGCGUUGACACCCACACCACAAAGAAUGAGACAGUUUGGUACUGCAAGAUUUGCUCGGAAAGCAGAGAGAUUGUCAAAAAGUCCGGCUCGUGGUUUCAUGCAAGCACUCUCUCUACUCCACCGACCAGCCAACGAGUUUCCUGGUACAGCAAGGCGAAGGCCAUUGCAGAAAGAAGCACAACGUCCAAGACUGACCUGUAA